AUCUCAUCUAGCCUUCCUUUUACAGUAUUUAUGAUACAGUUUAUUGCAUGUAGACUACAGAGGGCAUCAUGGACACAACUGACACCAGACUUGUCCUCAAAGCAGCAGCUUUUCUCAUCCUUACAGCUAUCAGCAUCCCAGCCAACAUAUUUGUAUGCAUUGCUUUCCUUCAGACGUUGGUGACAGAAGGCAAACUCAUGACAGCUGAUAUCAUUCUAUGCCACUUAGCCUUUGCCAAUCUGAUGGUGGCACUGGUACGCAGCAUCCCGCAGACGAUGGCAGCAUUUGGCUCCAAGGACAUGUUUGAUGAUGAUGGUUGUAAGAUGGCUAUAUUCUGCUUCCGUGUCUUUCGAGGCCUCUCUAUAAGCCUCACCUGUCUGCUUAGCACUUACCAGGCAGUGCUGGUCUCUCCAGCCACAUCUAGACUUGCCCCUCUCAAGUCCAAAAUCCCAGAGUACCUUAUGCAUAUCAUUUUUAUCCUUUAUGUUAUGAACUGUGUCUCCUAUUCCAAUACUCUACUAAAUUCUGUGGCCUCCUUCCCCAAUAACACCAUCCCUCUUUACACUUUCAACCUUCAAUUCUGCUUCAUUACCUACCCUACCUACAUAGACUUUAUCUCUGGCGGUCUGACCAAAUUUUUUAGUGACCUCCUGUUUAUAGUGUUAAUGGCUAUCAUGAGUGGCUACAUCCUUGUAGUCCUCUAUAGGCAUGGCAAGAGAGUGAGAAGCCUGAGAAGUUCAGAGAGCAGCCAGUCUGGAGCAAGAGCAGAGGUCAAGGCGUCCCGAGCUGUGGUCACUUUGGUCACCCUCUACUGUCUCUUCUUUGGGGUUGAUAAUAUAAUCUAUCUCUACUCACUGACUGUUCUUAGGGUAGCACUCCUUUUAUCAGACAUUCGAGUCUUCUUUGCCACACUGUACACUUCCGUAUGCCCUGUUGUAGUCAUUAUAACCAAUCCAAAGGUCAAAAUCAAAACAAAGAUGAAGAAACAGAAUGUAGAAGGCCAAUUUACAGGCACAACCACAUCUGCUCUCUAAAUUCUGAUUUGAUUUUUCAUUCUCAAACACAUCUUCCUGCAUUCAAGUCAACAUAAAAUAUGUAAUAAAGC